CCGUCUCAGGUGGGUCAUCGCAGGCAGCCACUAUGCUUUCACUGGACGAGCCGCUGGACUUGAAGCUUCCCUCCGGACGCAGAGCCGGUCCUGUGAUAUUAGGAAAGAGGGCACGCUCUUCCUUGAUCUGUGGCCCUAUUAGCGCCACACAACCGCGCCUACAGUGUACAACCUUCCCAUCACCUCCGCCCUCACCAGAUUCCCAGUCUUCUUCUCAAGAACAACCCGGGUCCUGCUACACUCCUCCAGCCAUGGACCUCAGCCUGUCCCCCUCGUCCCGCCACGCCUCUUCUCUUUCUCCAUCGUCCUCCUCCCCAUGUUCCCCGUCUCCCUCCUCACCAUUGGAAUCCUCUCACAACAGCAGCAGCCCUCAACCACAUAUCUUCUCCAGGGAAAUGGCUUAUCACCGUGGUGUUGAAGGUGGAGCUUCUCAGCACGUUUAUCCGUUUUAUCUCCCGCUUAGAAGCCCACCAAGGUGUUAUAGCUUCCCAUCUUCCAUGAUCAUUGGUCAACACAAAGAGAAGUCCCCAGAGCCUUCCAUGGAUGGCCAGCUGGCCUGCCGCUGGACGAAGUGCUACCUGCUGUUUGACUCGCUGCAGGAUCUGGUAGAUCACAUCAACGACUUCCACGUCAAGCCAGAGAAGGAGUCUGGUUACUGUUGCCAGUGGGAAGGCUGUGCACGAAAUGGGAGGGGCUUUAACGCCAGGUACAAAAUGUUGAUUCACAUCCGCACACACACCAACGAGAAGCCGCACCACUGCCCUACUUGUAACAAGAGCUUCUCACGGCUGGAAAAUCUGAAGAUUCACACACGCUCACACACAGGGGAAAAGCCCUACAUUUGCCCAUAUGAAGGCUGUAGCAAACGCUACUCCAACUCCAGCGACCGCUUCAAGCACACUCGCACCCACUACGUGGACAAGCCUUACUACUGCAAGAUGGCAGGCUGUCUGAAGCGCUACACGGAUCCCAGCUCCCUGCGCAAGCACAUCAAGGCUCAUGGGCAUUUUGUUGCCCAGGAACAAGGUACCCCCCGCAGACCAGGGACAGGGUUGGGUUUCCCUGGGCACCGGAGUGCCACCGAACUACCCUCCGUGAGAGGGACUCACGUGAUCAUACCCGGGGCUGCUGCAGCUCUCCUGGGGGGUCUCGGGAGCUCCCUGCCGCUCUCUGCCCUCUGCCAUUCUGGAGCCAUGGGUCAUCACGCAGCACCACUCUUUUCUUUGGGUGGAGGAGGAGGCAGCCUGGGGCCGAUGGGCCUCUCAGACUCAGCACUGUUGCACUUUGGACUCUCAGCCGCCUCAAUGGUAAGGAUGGGAGCUGGUCUCGGGCAAAUGACAGGAAAGGAACCAGAGGACGACGAGGAAGAAGAGGAAGGAGAAGAUGGCAAAGUUUUGAAUCUAUCUCCAGGUGUGGGGCCCUUACGAAGUGAUUCCUUGUCUUGGGUGGUUCUUCCAUCGAGGCCCGUCUUUCUCAAACCAGCUGUUGUCAGUUAAAACGUGGGAUUUGUUUUCAAGAUUUGCAUUUGGGUUCUUGUGUCUAGGGGUUUCUUUGUUUAGAACAUAACAAAGAGUCAUCCCAUGGCAUUUGACGAGCACAGAAGGUUCCCAUGAUUUAGUUGUCUUUAAGUUUACAUGGUCAGUUCAUCCAGUUCAUCAGGAAGACUAAAAAUACCUUUCAUUGUCCACAAACACAACUUUUCUAGUUCAGAAAAGCUUUGAAAUAGCACUUCAAAAGUAAGAAUUUGGUUGAUAUCUUUACUCCAUUGUUCACAGGCUUCGAAAUAAUAGUUUCUCUGAGCAACACUGUGGUGGGAUACAUCUAAUGUGCCUUUUUUCCCUUAUAUAUUUUUGGAGCCUAUUAUGAUCUCCGUCUUCACGGAAUAGAUCGUCUUAGUUAUGGUUUGUUCUGCUUUAAAGAAAAAAACUGAAUCCGUUAUCUUUGAAAUGGCAGUGAACAAACUCACAGUUCUACUUCUUCCAUUUAAUCUUUGUGAACAUGAUGGAAGGUUUUAGCUUAAAACAACAACAUCAAUCUAAUCAAUCAAUCUAAUAAUGUAGAAAACAUCAUGUAAGUAGGACAAAAUAUGUUCUGGAUGAACUGACAUUCUAAUAUAAAUCUCCUUUUCAUUUCCAGAUUUCAUUGAAAUGAAAUCUUUUUAUUGAAUUUCCUUUUCAUUUAAUUUUCAGCAGAUAUUUUUUACCAAUAUUAUAUCCGUCAGACCAGGUUGUGACAACCCCCACUGAUUGUUGUUUGACCCAGGUAUUUUUACCCAAAGUAUAGGGGACAUCAAUUCUGGGGAGCACACUGUAGACUUUAUGGAGGUCUACCUUCAUUAUUCACAUAUUGUUCUCUCUCACAAAGUGAAGAUCGCCACUGAAAGAAAAGGAUAGUAUUAAUAAUAAAACUGUUUGGAGGAUGUUUGAAACAAAAUGAAAAGAGUGCACAGUUAUGGACUUAGGUCAAUUUCCUUGAUGAUUUGUUCAAGGUUUUCCAUAAUGAAAGGGGAUUUUUGAGCAAAAACUGAUGUAUGUGAUCAGUUAGAUGUAUAUGAGACUACCCACCUCAGUUUAGAAGUCAAUGGCAAACAAAGUAAUAGACUCCCUUUAGGGAACCCAAAGGCUGCCAUAUCUGACAGACUAGGACGUAUGAAGCUCACUCCUUUAUUGGUGAAACGCCAGUGUGGUUGUUAGCUGCUCUGUCUCUGUUUGUUUUACCUAAUACCUUUACUCAGAAGUUAUUCAGUACACACAGCUAUUUCGCUAGAAGAAAUCCGGUUAAAAUGAGCUCCUGUAUUUGCAUUGUAGUUUUUGCAUUUUAUUCAUUUACUUCUUGCUCUAUUAGUCAUUUAAGACAAUGAUCCAAACAGGAUCAGCCCUGCCUUUUAAGGAAUCUUUAACCACGAACAAAGCAGACAAAGGUGUGUGUCAGUACACAUUUGCUUAAUUCUAAGAUGCAAAUAAAAUGCACAAGACAAAACCAAUUGAGAAAGAACUCUAUGCGGUCUGUUCAAGAAAAACAAUAAAAAUGGCAUAAAACCAUUUUACAUAGUUACACAUUACAGGAUGUAAGUUAUUGUUUCUGGACAUACAGUUGCUCAGGUUUAGCUGGUAAGACAACAUUUAUUUUGUUUAAAGUUACAAAAUGAAUAUGUAGAUUGAGUUUUAUCGUCAUUAUCAGUUCUGGCAUAUAAAGCAGGUGACUUAUGGUACCGGUAGAACUAAAACAUUGACCCAGAGGGCUACAAGGUCCUCUUUGUGGCAUUUGUAAGGGGAACUUUUUGACAAUGGCCACAUCUGGCCAGUAUCUAUGUUGAUUCCACUUGUAUUCUCAUUUUGCACAUUGACUUUUCAGCAUUUCAGUGACGUUGAAGUGCCUUGUAUUCCAAUUGAAAUAUAUGACUCAGUGUAUGAAGACAUGUAUGCAGGCAUAAUGAGUGUAAAUAGGAUUUUUGCACCAUUUUAAAAUCUGUUAACAACUUGACAAUGGAUGUUAUAUGUACAUCAGGGCCACUGCAAAACUGAAUGGAUGUCGGUAUUGUCGGUUGGUGUGACUUUGAUGGUUUGUCAAUAAACCCAUGAGAAAAAAAAAUCCAAAGCUUUCUGUCAGCCAUCUGUGUAUUAUUUACCCUGUGUGACGUUU